AUGGCGCGGUCGGUUCUGUGUCUACUUUUGCUUGCGGCCGCCCAUGUCCAAGGUCGCCAUGAAAAAUAUGAAGGUCAUCAGUUGUACCGAGUGGCGGGACCAGCACAAGAAAUCGGAGCAUUAGAAGCCCAUCUAGACAUCAUAUCAGCGAUUCCUGCAGCUCGUUCCACUUCAGGACAACUUGAAGCCUUAGUCAGACUUGCACAAGAAGAUAAACAAAAAUGGCUUCUAUACUUCGACCAAAAGCAAAUGUCAUACACCAAGAUAGUUGACAAUCUUGCCGAUAUUAUUCGCGAUGAAGAAGCUAAAAUUAAAAGGACAAAGUAUGCCGCAAAACGAAAUGGUAAAUCGAUUAGUUGGGAUACUUACUACGGAUACGAGGAGAUCAACGAUUACCUAGAUGAAUUAGGAGAGCAAUAUCCUGAUAUGGUAACAGUUAUGAAUCCAGGCUUGAGUUACGAAGGUCGUCAGAUCAAAUACGUAAGGAUCUCUACAACGCGAUUCGAGGACUUGAGGAAACCCGUCAUCAUUAUUGAUGCAUGUGUUCACGCACGCGAAUGGAUCACGCCAGCCGUCGCCCUAUACAUUAUUAAUCAACUGGUUGUUGAUAUUGUGGAUAACAAUCUAACUGAAAGGCUCGACUGGGUGAUAAUUCCUCUAGUGAAUCCCGACGGCUACGAAUACUCAAUUACCCAGGACCGCAUGUGGCGUAAGACACGCUCUAAGGCACCCGGUGGUACGGAAGAAUGUCUAGGUGUCGACGGAAAUCGCAACUUCGACCACUACUGGGGUACUAGUGCAGCCAGUGCGGACCCCUGCAGUCUUAUUUACGAAGGACCGGCUCCCUUUUCUGAACCUGAAAUCCGCGUUGUUAGGGAUGUGAUCGUGCAGAAUUUGGACCGAGCUGCAAUGUACAUUUCGUUGCACAGUUAUGGUAGUAUGUUCCUGUAUGCGUGGGGUAACAAUGGUACUUUACCAUCAAAUGGUCUGGCCCUUCACGUGGCUGGUGUGCGAAUGGCAACAGCUAUUGAGGAAUUGGCUCUCGAAAAGGCUGACCCAUACAUCGUUGGCAAUGCAGCUAAUGUCCUAUACAAUACCACUGGUACUUCCAGAGACUGGACUCGAGCUGUUGGCAUUCCUUUCACUUACACACUCGAGCUACCUGGAUACGAAUACGGAUUCCUACUCCCACCGGAAUAUAUCGAACAAAUAGUUAAAGAAACUUGGGAUGGAAUCGCUGCUGGAGCACACUACAUUUUAUCUCUAUAUUAA